UGGAGUCGAUAACCGAUAAACUGCCGGCCGUUCAAAGACUGAGUUUGGCCACUCAUGCCUUGACGGGCCCGGCUAAGAAAUGGUACAAGGACUGGGAGGGCAAUCCGCGAACAUGGACGAAAUUUCGCGAAGAUCUGGGCUUCGUAUUUGUAUCGGAAGACCGGUUGUGCGAGCGUUUGACUCGUGCAGUAUCCUACACCAGUGACUCCGCGAAUUCUUACUCCGAGUAUGCAUGUAAUAAGUUAAAGCACUACGGACAGACCCAGAUCGAUUUCAAACCACAUGAACUGAUCAGUCUAGUGAUUGGUCACGUUACGGACGCGAAAUCCCCGCAAGCGCGUCCCUUCUCUCACAAACGGUGCUUCAAGUGCAGUGAAGUGGGACACAUAGAAAGGGAGUGCCCUAAGAAGAGGAAUAGGGAAACGAACAAUACGCUCCGGAAGAAGGUAACUGCGGAUAAUGUGACCACGUGCGCUUUCUGCCACAAGCGGAGGCACACAAAAUUGGCGUGUUGGGCCAAGCAACGCACGCCAUCAAAUGCCCAGCAUAAAAAAAAACCUGAGGCUAACGUGUGUUAUUCGAUCGAUCAUAAAUUAACACCGAUUUUAUUGAAGGACAUGCUUGUGAGAUCGUGUUUGAUUGAUAAUGGUGCAACGUGCUUUCUCGUAAGGGAGCGGGUGGCUAAACAAGCAGGGUGUAAAAUUGAACCGUACGCGGUCAGCGUCCAAGGACUAUGCGACUCCAGCACAACAACGACGGGAUGUACGAUAAUCCAAACUCAGGACGUAUCCACCGAGCUGGACUUGUUUGUCGUCCCGAAUGAGGGAAUACCCUAUGACGUUAUCAUCGGGAAAAACGUCCUGGCGCAUGCCGACUUACAAAUUGUGACUGGACCAGAUGGGACAACGCGACUUCAACGUUGCACGCCUGACUUCCAAGGAGACAACGAGGAAGCGGCGAGGGCAUCGUGCAACAUACUGCAUGUUUCUAACGACGUCAUCCCGAGAGCCGUCCGAGACUUAUUGACGAGAUUCAAGCAAAUGCUGACCACUGGUAACGAAGUGUGGGACCGAUACCCUCUACCCUUGAUUGAGGACCAAUUAGACCGCCUGGGUAAGGGUAAACUUUUUACGACAUUGGAUAUGGCAGCUGGAUUUCACCAAAUCCCGAUUGCUGCCGAUUCGAUAGAUAAGACUGCAUUUGUGACGACCGAUGGGCAUUACGAGUAUUUACGUAUGCCCUUUGGCCUUUGCAACGCGCCUGCUGUUUUCCAGAAGGCGAUUAAUACAGCCUUCGGUAGCCUAAGAAAUAGUACUGCCCUAGUUUACCUAGAUGAUAUCCUGAUACCAUCGCAAACUGUCGAGCAAGGGCUACGUGAUUUAGAGCGCGUAUUGGAGGCGUUGGACAAGGCGGGAUUUACAUUGAAUAUCGAAAAAUGUAAGUUUUUCGAGACCUCGAUAAAGUACUUGGACCGGGAGAUAUCCGCCGCAGGUAUAAAGCCGGACAAAGAAAAAAUUAAAGCACUGGUAGAAUCACCGGUCCCACAUAAUGUGAGACAG